UUCUAAGCUUCAAGCCCCGUGAGUGCUAAAGACGUAAACGCUUAUAAACGAAAAUAUUUUAACGACAGGAAAAGACUUUUCUGAACCUUGGAUAACUACUGAUAAUAUAUAUCAUCAUGCGUAAUAUUUGCUUAUUCCUGAUCUCUAUCGUCGCUCUUCAAAGCAGUCAGAUCGAUGCACAGGCCAAUACUGCCUGCCCAACUUGUGUGUAUGGUGUCGCUCUUCAAGAUGGAAGUGGUUCGGUAAUAAAAAGGUUCCGAAACUCAACUGCAGAUGCAGCAUCUUCUCAGGCCAGUUUUGUUUCAGCUGGACUUGGAUUUACAGCGUUGACCGGAACUGCAGCGUGUGCCGCUAGCGUCUGUGGAACAGCAGGAUCAGAAACUUGUGUCGUUAAUGCCGCUGACGCAAAUGUAUUUGAAUGUGGUUGCACAGCCCAGUAUGCACCUGAUCGAUACACCCAGGCGUUCAGUUGUGUCGAUUUGGACGAAUGCGCCAACGCAACACUAAACAACUGCAGUUCAACAGGAGGAGUUUGUACAAAUCAGGCACCGGGUUUUAGUUGUGCAUGUGCUGCACAAUACACUGGCGACGGUGUCACCUGCACUGACUUCGAUGAAUGUGCUGCAUCAUCUACACACAAUUGUUCGGGAAACGCAACUUGCACAAACACCGCUCCAGGAUUCACAUGCGCUUGUAAUGCGCAAUAUACUGGCGAUGGAUACACUUGUACAGAUAUCGAUGAAUGUACUCUUGGAACUCAAAAUUGUAGUUUACAUGCGUCAUGCUCGAACACUGAUCCCGGUUUUACUUGCACCUGUAAUGCUCAAUACACUGGAGAUGGAUACAACUGCGCCGAUAUCGAUGAAUGCACCCUCGGCACUGCCAACUGUUCAACGGAUGGGUUUUGCACGAACACAGUACCUGGUUUUACAUGCACUUGCAACGCACUAUUUACUGGAGAUGGUGUCAACUGUACUGACUUGGAUGAAUGCUUGUCUUCAUCGACAAACAACUGCAGCACAAACGCAGACUGCACAAAUCUGGUACCUGGUUUUAGCUGUGCUUGCAAAGCUGGAUAUACUGGAGACGGAAUUAAUUGUACAGAUAUUUCAGAAUGUGCAUCAAGCCCAUGCGAUGCCAAUGCUAAUUGUACUGAACCAACUGCCAACAACUAUACUUGCACAUGCAACACAGGUUACACUGGAAAUGGAACAAGUUGCGCAGAUAUUGAUGAGUGUCCAGCAGUGAUAACUAUGGGGUUGCUUGGCUCCGCUCCGGUCACGAAUCCAUGCCACGAUAAUGCAACAUGCACUAACAAUAUUGGAAGUUACACUUGUGAAUGUAACGAUGGUUUUACUGGCAACGGAACAAGCUGUACAGAAAUUGAUGAAUGUUUAACUAACCCUUGCAAUGUGAACGCUGAUUGUACGGAUCUGGUCAACAACUAUACAUGCGUAUGUAAAACUGGAUUCAGCGGAGAUGGCGUCACUCUAUGUGAAAAACAACGAACAAACAUUACCAUCUCAUUCUUUGUAACUUGUGUAAAUCAAAUAUGGGAUAUUAACUUGUCUUCAGCUGGAACCCCCAUUAAUAUCAAUAUCACUUCACUCCUCGAGUCCGCUAUCAGAACAUUUGUAAAUUCCGUGGACAACUCGGCUGGAAUCUUCAGUUUGGUAUACACAUUCACAAACAGCUCAGACGGUAUGGGAAGCGCUCAGGCUGGAGUGAGCCUAACUAUUAAUAACACCAAUAUUGAUGCUGUAGAAUUUCUGAAGAAGGUAAAUACAAUCGUUGAGAACACACAAUGUGGAGCAGUAGCCAGUGCCGACGAGUGUGGUUUGGGAAUCGACACUUGUGGUUCUGAUUCUGUUUGUGGAAAUUCUGAUUACGGAUUCUGCUGCUUCUACAGUUACGAGUACAGAUUCGAAGUUAAAUACAAUACCACUUUCAUUCCGGCCUACAGUAACGUUUCCAGUACUGAGGCUAGAGAACUUUUUGAUGAUGCAGAAGCAAUUGCUGGUAAUGCUUUAAGCAACGCUCAAAAUCGUGGUUGCAAAUUUACUGUAACGUUUGAAGACGAGGGAAUAGAACAGGGAUCAUCUAUCGGUGUGAUAUUGAUGAGGGUUGUAAACGGAACUAAACAGGCAACGGACAUCGCAGCUGAACUAGCGAAAGCAGUCGGUCAAACAACAAGUUUCGGCACCAUCAUUUCAGCGGGAGAUUAUGAUGAGUGUGCAAGAAACUACACAUCGGAUAGAAAUUGCAGUGCCUUUGCAACGUGUCUUAACUUUGCUGGAAGUUUUUCUUGCGAGUGUAAUAGCACGUACUACGACAAUGGAACGACCAGCACAGGAGAAAUCUGCAUUACGCCAAUCACCAUUGAUUGUAACGGCACUCAAGCUACGAUAUCUGUGCUACAGAACUAUUACACUCAAAAAAAUGUUUCUCUCAAUUCUCUGCAUCUUGCUGACGAAGCAUGUAACAUAUCGACGCAUGGCAACUUACUAGGAGACUCCAUCCACUUUGUUUUCAGCCUAAAUGAUUGCAACACAACUUUCACUCAGUCAACAGAUAAUUCUUCAAUUAUUGCCUCCAAUUACAUCAGCAAUGUUCCAAGCAGCGGAUUCUUUACUGGACACGCGAUUAAUGUACCUUUCCAAUGUAAUUUGCCAUCGACAGUCAACGCCACCAUACAAUACAACUCUUCUGUUGCAAAUAUCGAUUUCCCAACUUCUGAAUCAACCGGUGGAGCGACUGUGGCACUGACUGCAUACUCAGAUUCAGCAUUUCAACAUCCAUUGACUGCGGGUGACAGGGUUAACACUACUUCCAACAUUUACUUAAAGGCCUUCGUUUUUGAGCUCAUCCAGGUGAGCGUCGUGCUGAAAGAAUUAACUGCAAAAAAUAGCCGAGGUACAGACAGUAUAGACCUCAUUAAAGAUGGAUGCAAAGCUACCAACGAAGUUCCUUUUCUUGCCAUUUUAUCCAACGGAAAUGGUGCAUCAACAUGUAUGUUCCAAGCGUUCACAUUCACUGAUGAUGAAGUUGUUGACAUUGUUGCGACAGCCUUUCUAUGCGCGGGAACCUGUCAACAGACUUGUUCAUCCAGACGGCGACGUGAUGUCAGCGACCUUAUGAUGCCUGGAACACAAGAGGUUGUAUUAUCACUAACAAUAAAAGUUCGACCUAGCAGUAACGGCACUAUGAUUGUAGAUGGAAUUGUUGUCAAUAACAACAAUAAACCAUCAUCAGACGUUCACGAUAUCACUCUUCCAAUCGUCGCAGCGAUCCUUGCUUUCGUAUUGAUUGUACUGCUUGCACUUGUCGUGGUUGUCGUUGUUAGAAAACAAAGACACUCGAACAAGGAAUACGACGUUUCACACAUCAACAUGCAUGCGAUUGGUGUGAAACCACCUAGCUACGAAUAAACCGGUGAUGGCGGAGCUGAUUAAAAUACGAUCUAGAUCGCGUAUGAUAAGGCGUUGACUUGAGAUGAAGACGAUUCAUCUUUAAUUAGCGCUUGUCGUAAAGCGAUCCAUAAACCGAUUCAAAAAAGUUUGGAAAUGACCUCAAUUACGCAACGUACUAUGUAAAAACUUAAAGCUCGUAUACUCGGUAUUUCACAAUUGCAUUUACGAUAUUUCAAUCUGUUGUAUUCUAAAAUGUAGCAUUUUUAUUCCAAACCUUAAAUUGAGUAGUAUUUUCAAAUAUCCAUUAGAUUAGAGUAUAUAUAGAUAUACAUUUACAACCUUCAAAUACCACAUAAACCAACUUUGAAAACGCUUCAAUCAUAUCAUGACGACGAGACUGGAAAUUAUUCUAUGGCACUUGAAUUCAAUAUCUGUACUGGUUUAUGAGUACUGUAUUUAUGGAUCGCAUUUUCUGAAAAUUUAUAAGAAUUCGUUCAUUAAAUUUACGUCAUUUUAGAUUAAAAAUAACGAUUAACCAAAUAUUUUCCAUUUUGACUAGAAUAUUUUUGCAGUGCUUCGAAUAUUUUCAACGAUGUCUCUGAAUUUUCUCUCGAUCGAUUUUUUGCUAAUACCAAAUUUCAGAUCACUACUAUAGCGUCAUAUUUAAGUAAACGUUCGUUUUGCAUCUCAAGUCUGAUUAGGCAUUUCUCAUGUAUGUACCAAUUGAUUAUAAAUUUUGCAUGGAAUGUUUUUAAUCGACACUUGAAUGAUUCCAAAAUUUUUUCAAUAAUAUGCAAGUUGCACUUAAAAAUGCCCACCCUAUUUUUCGGUUUUUCAAAAAAGUUCAUCCAUAUUUAUUAAAAAUUACUAUACAAGCCAUUCCAUCCCUAUAAAGUAAACUUUUACAAAAUGACGCUACCCGAACGUAUUUUCCAAUGAGUAUGAACUGCCGCGCCAUUCCUGGCGUCGUCAAGUGACUUCAAGGAAGUUACGUCUGAUUUCUACCAAGACGCGAUGUAUUCUACAAUUCACGUUGACUUUUUCUCAGCUGUUUGAAACAAUGACGUAUUUGUUAAAUCUGUUGCUCAGAUUAUGGGAGGAAAUUUCGGCGAAUUGUGUGCAUGCGUUUUUUCAAGUUUACAUGCUUGUCGACUUAUAUUUCUGUACAAUAUAUAUCGGCAUAUCACUA